AGAAAAAUAGGACAAACGGAGAAUAAUUUUACAAUAUACCAACACUGGAUAAAAUAUACGCCUUGCCAGCACCACUUGUCAAAGUUGAUGCUUUGUUUCACUCAAAGACGUAUGUCAGAGCGUCAUGCUUGCUUAAGUUAUAGCUUUUUAUUUAAAUAGCGCAAUAAGAUUAUUAAUAGACUAAUAAGUGUAAAUUAAAUAAAUUAAACGUUAACAUAAAUGAUUUGUUGGAUUUUAUGGUGAACAUAAAUAGAAAGCCACAGUGUUAAAAGUUUUGGGUUAAGUCCGUAUAUAAAAUAAAAUAUUAACAAAAUGGCAACAACGGAAAUAAAAUAUGAGACGGACGUGCCAAGCUCUUUAAAACAAUUAGCACUGCUCGUUGUUCAAGGUUUUUAUUCCAAAGAAGAUACAUUUAUAAUUGAUAUGUUACUUCGAAAUCAUUGCAUGAAGGAAGACGAUAUAGCAGAGUUACUGCACUUUGACAAAAAGCAAUUACUUUCUCGAAUAUAUAUCUUGCUAAAUGACAAAUUUAUACAAAAACGCUUAAAGGUGGAAACCGGCCCAGAUGGAAAAGCUCACAAAGUAAAUUAUUACUUCAUAAAUUAUAAAAGUUUUGUCAAUGUUGUAAAAUAUAAACUGUAUAUUAUGCGUAAACGUAUGGAAACACAGGAGCGUGAUGCUACAGGUAGGGCUAGUUUCAAAUGCUCAUCUUGCGGUAAAACGUUCACCGAUCUAGAAGCAGAUCAACUAUUUGAUUUGGAAUCUCAAGAAUUUCGCUGUACAUAUUGUGGUGAUCCUGUGGAAGAGGACAACUCAGCCAUGCCAAAAAAGGAUUCAAGACUAAAGUUGGCAAGGUUUAACGAUCAACUAGAGCCAUUGUACGAAUUACUUCGAGCAGUAGAGAAUAUUAAAUUAGCCCCGGAAAUUUUGGAACCAGAACCUGUGGAUAUAAAUACGAUACGAGACGUUACGAAAUCUUCUCAGCAAAUCGAUAGCCAGCAAUGGUUCGGUGAAGCUACUCGUAACCAAGGGUUUACUGUUAAAGAAACAGGAGUUAAAACAAAUUUAAGAGAAGAGUUGAUUGAAACUACUUCUGAAUAGAAAUCUCAAUCUGUUUGGAUGACAAAAAAUACAAUACAAAAUGAGUCCAAUGUUGAUUUGAUUUUUACAAAUGAUUCAUCACAAUCACCGGUGCUUCAAACAACAACAGCAUCAAGUGCAACAUCUUAUAACAGAAAUAAAUAAGAAAUAAAAAAGAAAGCAUGAAAAACAGAAAAAUUUGGUUCCUCAAAUCAUAAUUCAAGUGAUUCUAGUAAUAAUGAUAAACAAAAUGAAAAUAAAGAAAUUUGUAAAUAUGUUUCUUAUUCUUGAGUUAAACUCUUUUAAAUAUAUUUUGUUAGAACUGAUAUUAACCAAAACUUUAUUGAUUUUAAUUCCGAAGAUGUUGUGCCCAGUGUUUUAGCUAGUGGCAAGACGUAUCCAAUAUUCCAUAGAUGUCUUUAUGAAUCGCAGUAUACAUUUUGCGUCAUUAAGUAAUAAUGACCCAAAUUGAAAUUUGGUU